GGUCACGUUAUCUCAGAGGAGGGGGAGCGAGGGGAGAGAGGGGGAGUCGGUGUGUGGAAGCACUAAGCUCCCUUCCGACGAGUCACAAGCUGCCUGCACUUAUCAUCAGAUAUUAGUCAGAGUUCACGGGAAAGCGGAACCAGCCGAAUAACAGCCGGGAACCGUGUCAAACCUUCCCCCCGGCACCGAGCGAUGUAUGUCGGACACCCUGCUCCGAUCUCACGGCAGGAGCUGGAUCAGACCGCGGGCUGGAUGCGAUAAGCUCCGAGGGCAUUAGAGGUGCACCGACGACAUGGGCAGGAAUAAAUAGUUGAAACACAUCAGUUUGGAUCCAGCCUAAGUCAUGGAUGCAAGCUGGAAAAACAGCUUGGAAGAGGAGCUCCUCUGUCCAAUUUGCCUGAAUGUUUUUGUUGAGCCCAUCCAGCUGCCAUGCAAGCACAACUUCUGCAAGGAUUGUAUCUCGGAGGCCUGGGCCAAAGACAAUGCUGCAGUGCGCUGCCCUGAGUGCAACCACAACUAUAACCAGAAACCAGCACUGGAGAAGAACUUCAAGCUUGCCAAUAUUGUCAAGCGGUUCAAUGCCUUGAACACUGAGAAAGCCCCGGUUGUCUUACAGUGUGUCCUCUGUCGACGAGGCCCGCCACUGCCUGUGCGGAAGGUCUGCCUGCGCUGCAAGGAGCCCUGCUGCCAAGUUCAUAUCCAGACGCACCUACAGCAGCCUUGUGCAGCCCCGGGACACCUGUUAGUUGACGCUGACGAGCUGAGCGCUUGGACCUGUCCCACACAUGAGGAGUACAGGCUGCUCCACUGUGAGGAAGAGCAUGUGGCUCUAUGUCCCUUCUGCUGCAUCUCGCACUGCACGAGCCAAAGACAUACAGUCUGCGAUGUGGAUAUGCAACGCAUACAAAUGCAGGCCACGUUAAUGAGGCAGCAAGACCGACUGGAGGGUCGUGUCCAGAACAUUGAUGAGCAGCUCGCCAAGCUGGAGGCUGACAAGACACUGAUGAAGGACACAGUGUCUGACCUGAAGGAGCGUGUGAGAGCCCAGUAUCAGAGGAUGCACAGGCUGCUGGAAGAGAACCAGUCUGACACCAUGCAGAUGCUGGAGAGCACCUGCUCCGUGUACGGGAGGAAACAAUCCCAGCAGGUGCUGCAGCUCAACGAGAGGCGUCAGGAAGCAGAGAAACUCCUGAGCUCAGUGCAAACGUUUCUUCAAAAAGCCGACAACAUCAACUUCAUGAAGAAUACAAAACCAUACCAGAUGCUGAUGGACAGGUCAACCUCUCACCUGAUUAGUGCCAUGCCUCCACUCGGACUGGGCCAGCUCAACUCUGAUCAUUUGCUAUCUGAACUCUCAGCGAGAGAGAAGAACCUGCGGAAAAUGCUGGAAGAGCCGUUGAACGAGUCAGCCAUUGUUGAGAUCGUCCAGUCUCGCGGCGGCUCUGCUGGCUCCCAAAUGGGGACGAGUUCAGCACCACAGAAGAGGAAGUACAGCAUGGCUUUCAUGGGAAGUAAAACAGAGAACUCCACCUCCCAGAAUCCUCACACUAGUUCCAGCCAUAUUCGGCUCCUUGACUCUCCAGCCCAUCACAUUAUGGGUGUAGGCUCCAGCUCUAGCCACCACUCAGGGACUAUAUUCCCCUCCUCCCACUUCCCCAGUGGAGGUGCCUCGCAACAAGCCAUGUACGAAGGGAGGAAAGUUCUUAUGUGCACUCUGAACAACUGCUGCUGCUCCAGGGCCCCCGCCGCUCGCGCCCGGCCUCCGUACCCGCCGUCGGGCUCCUUCGCCCCCAUGACCUCUCAGGAGUUUCCCCCACAUGCGAGCCAGCCGCUGCAGCAUUUCCCAAUCGGUGGACUGAUGGUGGGCUCGCAGGCGGCCCGGCACCCUGACUUCUACGAGCUGUACGGCCAGCCUUCAACCAAGCAUUAUGGGACCAAAUAGUGAAGCAGAGUCACUCUGUUCUAUUUUUUAUGCAGACUUGGAAUCAGCAUUUCCAUAUUUCCUUUUUAUUUUAUUGAAUUUCCACCUUGCAUCAGUGAUAUGUCGUCAACGUUGUGUCUCACUAGAUUAUUGUACGUGGAAUAAAUUAAUGGACGCACACAUACAGACUCACACAUCUUCAUGAAUUAUUUUUGACAUUUACUUGACCAUAUUAUGGGAAACCAUGUCCUGUUCACUUUCCGAAUCACAUAUACAGCAGUGAUGCUCUAAUUUGAAAGCAUUCUGUACUUGUAUUUAUUUUCUGUUUUAUUUUCGACUGGAAGUGCUAAUGUGAACAACAUAGUCUUAAAUCCAGUCAAGCAGUGAACUAAAAGAAAUGACAUAUCCUUCAUUAUGGGUUUCCAGAGACUUCAGUGCCUAAAAAGACUGUUAACUCGCUCUUAAUGUACUUGCAAGUUCCGAGCUCUUGAUUAUUUCCUGUUUGCGGCUGAAAGCAUGCAGGGAGCCUCCCUGUGCACUCCAAAGUCCAUGUGGCUUUACAAACACACUGGGCUACAUUUGCUUGUCAGGUUUUUCAUGGAUUUUUUAAUAUAUACGAUUAUGAAUAAACCAAAAAGAUGUGGAAAAUAUUGAAUAAACAAGCAUAUUAAAUCACA